AUGGAGGUGGCUUACAUCCAGCCACCGAGGGUGAACGUGUGGCCGGCGAACCUUGAUGCAGACGAGGCGCUCGGGUCGUUUUCAUGCAUAGACUUGGUCGUUUCGCACCAGGGCGGCGUCCUCCUAGCCGCCGGCUGCAGGGAGUCGAUCUGCAUUUUCGCUUCGUCGGACGGAGACUCAAAGCUGGAGUGUGUGAGUUUGUUGCAACCUAGCGCAGGAAGGAUCCUUCAAGUGGCGAUACACAUCCAUGCAGAAAUGGUUGCAUGCUUGUGCUCCUCUGAGGUCGUAGUGCUCGGGCUCACGGGACUUCUUCGGAAUCGUGUCUUGAGGCGCCUCGAUAGGGAAGAAAGUCAGUCCAUCGCGUGGAUCCUUCAGGAUGGUAAGACGAGACUGAAGGUUGGAGGGCGAGUCGUGGAGGUCAGCCCUCAGCAUGCGGGCGGAAGGGUGGAAGUACCCAGAAGGAAACAGAUGGCGGCCAAGGACAAUCUACAGGCAGGAGAUAGAAGGUGUCUGGAUGUUCACAGUGAUAUGUGCGCCUCUCCUCAAAUGCGCUGGUUGGCAACUUGCAAGACAUUCUCGAGAAUCCUCUAUGUGCAUGGUUUGAGAGCAGUCGACAAAUCAGGAAACCAGCAUCAACAUGGACAAGACGAUCAGCGUCAGGAUGAAUGCCGUGUGUUGUUCCUUCCUCAUCCUCGUAUGAUUACAUCUUUCAAGUGGAAAGCACCACCACGGCAACAGUUACAGAGAAAUGCUGGAGAAUGCAUCUUAACGUGCUGCAAGGACGGGAUUGUCAGAUUAUGGAAGGAGAUCAGCCAUGAUCGCCAAUCAAGACAUGCCCCGUCGGAGUUUGUUAUCGUCGCAAUGUUGCAGCUCUCACAUGAGUUGCAACCUGAUGUCUCAAUCUCCGCUGCCUGGUUGCAAGAAGUGACAAUUGGCGACAAGGCCAACCGGGCCAAGGAUGAAUCUUCCGAGCACUAUUCUGAUGCUCCUCUCAUCGACUCCAGCAAAUCAUCUCAGCAGACUGACGCGAGUUGGAUCGUGGUUGCUAGCAGACAGGAGAUCUCACUGUGGCGGAUCAACAACCUCGACGAUUGCAAACUGACUUUCUCCCCGGCAUCUUGUGUCUUGCGUAGCCAUGUGAAAGCAUUUUAUGACCCAUCGACCUUUCCCGCUGAAGGGUACCCUGUAGACAAACUCACUUCGGAAGACAAAGAUAGGAGUUCUCUCUUCUCUCAGGAUGACCUCAGCAUUCAUGACGGUCGGAAGCAAGCAAACCUGAUCGUGGUGGAUGCUUCGGGGAGCUUGUUCAUCACCUCGGUAGAUGUCUCGCUCACACCAGGAUCUGACAUGUCGACCGUGUCGUCUUCUUGCCGAUUGGAAUCAUCUCUGCGCAGCUUGACAGGUUUUGAUGCGCAUCGGUUCAAGAGUUUGCAACUGGGACUGCCAGUGGAUGGGAGGUUGUCCCUCAUGAAACAACAAGAUCAGUGGCCAGGGGUUGCAGAAGCUGUGUUUGCAGUGUCGAGAAGUCAGACUGUUGCUUUAGCUUGUCACUCCGAUGUUUGGAGUUGGCAGACUUGCUAUGAUACUUAUCAUGGAGAAGGAAUUGCGCUUGCUGUUCAACAUAGGCAAAAAGAUUCUCUCGUGCAUGUUUGCAUUCUUUCAUGCUCUCUGUUAUGGUCUUCUCAUGGAACCAAGCCUCGCGAGAUUUCUAUCCGACAUGCGCAGACGUUGGUUGUCGAGAAAAACAUCUCGCACAUCACAGUGCUUGCGCUCGAGCAAACAAGCAGCGGGAAGAGCUGCAAGUUGUUGAUGAUGGGAGUAGACACGCAAUCAUCUCUACUUUGUAUCCUCAGCGGGAUGGUUUCAACCCGUGGAGUAGAUGAGAAUUCUGCUAUUGCGCAGACGGUUAAUGAGAGAUGCUUUGAGCGCUCUGAAGUCGAGCUCAAGGAAAUGGCCCUGGGAGGAAUUAGCUGUCUUGGUACAGUUGAUCAUGACGUCUACGAUUGUUUUCCAGCCUCCAACUCCAACGCGACUGACAACAUCAAGAUGGUCAACGUGUUUGCUGGAACCCAGUCAGGGUUUGUCAGUGUCUUGCACGUUUACAACUCACAAGAUCUCUCUCCGUCGAACAUGGCGAUCGAUGUCAUUGCAAAGUUUCAACUCCCUGAAAGUUUGAGGAGCGACGGAGAGCUAGGAGGGGUCUCGUUGCUCCGUCCGCUGUCGCUCUACAUGAUUGCAGUCGUGUACUCGCACGCUCCCACCCAAGUGUUUGUUUGGGAGAAUUCUCUUUCUCUGCAGGAUUGGAAGAUAAGAUGUGUUGUAGACAUGCCGAGACAUUCUGAAGUGAGAUGUGUUGAAUGGUUUCAGUCCUCCCCUUCGCUCGUUUUUCUGGCUGUCUCGUCCGACGACGACGUGGUCGUUACCUCCCCUCUCUUUACCAGCGGGGAUUUCAAAAAGUUGCCGAUGAUGCAGUUGUUGUGGUGGAAUAGAAUUCAGAACUGCACUUGUUUGAAGUGGACGACGUCCGGCUACCUUCGUCUUUGUGUACAAGUUGAUGAUAAUGACGAUGACGAUGACGAUGACGAUGACGAUGACGAUGACGAUGACGAUGACGAUGACGAUGACGACGACGACGACGACGACGAUGAUGAUGAUGAUGGUGGUGGUGGUGAUGAUGAUGAUGCCAUUAUCAUUAUGUUGGAAUUGAUGUCGUCGAUGGUGUAA